GAGUACUGUUUAGUUUAACUGAAGGCUCCGUCAUUGUAGUUUUUUCCGGCACUCUCCAAAAUGUCGGGAGAAGUGUAUCUCCUGUGGCUGCUUUCGCUGUUAAAAACGCUGUCAGCGUAUGGCUCCGACUUGACUUCGGAGGCUUGCAGGGAUCUGGGCUUCUCCAGCAACCUGCUGUGCAGUUCCUGUGACCUGCUCGGGGAGUUCAGCCUCACCAAGCUGCAGCCAGACUGCAGGCACUGCUGCCAGCAGGAAGCCCAGUUGGAAUCGCGGAAGCUCUACGCUGGGGCCAUCCUGGAGGUGUGCGGAUGAAAAUUGGGGAGGUUCCCCCAAGUCCAAGCUUUUGUCAAGGGUGACAAGCCGAAAAUGUUCAAGGGUCUUCAGAUCAAGUACGUGCGAGGCUCCGAUCCUGUACUCAAGCUUUUGGACGACAACGGGAACAUCACCGAGGAACUCAGCAUCCUCAAGUGGAACACGGACAGCGUGGAAGAGUUUUUGAGUGAAAAAUUAGAGCGGAUAUAAACAUGGGUUUCAAAUUAUUUUUUACAGUUGAAGGGGACAGUUUAAAAACGUACACUCAAACCUUGAUGGUUUACAUCACUCAUUUUGCCAUAUUGUUUUUUGAGAAUUCUGCCAGCCUUUUUUUCUCCCCCUAAGUGAAAACAGUUGGAUUCGAAAACUAAAAGUAGUGGCAUGAUUUCAGAUAAGAUAAAAAAAAAAAAGUGUGAAAUGUACAUUUUUAGUUAAGUGGAUUGAAUUUAGCAUUCUUACAUUGCUGCUAAAUUCUGUUUAGUCACAGAUCCAUGAACAAAACUGUUAAAGCCUCACCGUGUGUUCUUUAGCUUUUUCUGUUUCUGAUUUUCUUGUACACUUAUUUUUAUAAUGCUUGAAUUGCAGGUAGCUAGACAAGAGUCGUCAAAAGAAGGAAUGAUUCCUAAUUUCUGUCUACAAGUAGAGGGUGUAGUCACGGGGCACGUUUAUGAAGAGCUCACCGUAAACCAGUUUUGGGAAGUGUGCUCUGAUGGGUUUUGUGUUCCUCAGCUUCAUCAAAGUUUCAGUGGAAAUUGGAAUUGUUAUGGAUGGUCGUCUUUUGAAACGCAUAAUUGAAGAUUUGAAUAAACAACAAUAAAACACAAAAGUCUUUCA